AUGGAGAUCACCAAAGAACAUGUUCAAGACGUCUUGAACGGCGUCGCUCGUCGCUUUCGAGGCCCAGGUGGUGCGGUGGCCGUCGUCAAAGACGGCGAAGUCAUCGGCCAGCGGGUCUGGGGCUUUGCUGACCUGGACACAUUGACUACCCUCACAGACGAGCACCGCUUCCCCAUUUGUUCAAUAAGCAAGCAAUUUUUCUGCGCUCUGUUGAUUGACUUGGAGCGAAACCCCCCUCCAGUCUUGGCUGCUCACGGCGAUGUUCAGCAGCAGCUUUCAGCUCAUCUGAGAGACAUACUAAGUCCAGAGCUAAAAGACAGCGGCGUGACAAUUGAACAGCUAUGCGCCAUGCAAUCUGGCCUGCGCGACUACUGGGCUAUGACCACUCUAAUGGGUGCGAAGCCCGAUGAUGAGUUCUUGAUUGAGAGGGAUUGUCCACCGAUGCUCGCCCUGACCAAAUCGUUCCAAUUUGAGCCGGGAAUGGAGACUUCUUAUUGCAACCUCAAUUUUCACAUCGUUGCUCAAGUAAUUGAACGUGCGACGGGCGAAUCUCUUGGCAAGCUGCUUGAAGAGCGUGUUCUCCGCCCCGCUGGCAUGACCACUGCUUUCCUGUGCCCGAAUACCGCCAAACACCCUCCUCCCUGCGUAGGAUACGAAGGAGAUGAGGGACACGGAUACGUUCCAGCAGCUAAUCGCAUUGAAUGGGCUGGUGAUGCGGGGUUAGUCGCAUCGCUCACUGACAUGAUCGCCUACGAGAAAUACCUUGAUCGGUGCUCUUCCGAUCCAAGCAGCUGGUACAACGAAGUCAUUGCAUCGCCCACGUUCAAGGAUGGCACCCCCGCACGUUAUAAGUAUGGAUUGAGCCACGUCGUUAGUAAUGGCGUGCAUACAAUUGGCCACGGUGGUGCACUGCGAGGAUAUCGACUGCACCGGCGCCAUGCGCCCGUGCAAAGACUCUCUGUCGUUGUCCUGUUCAACAACGACGCAGAUGCAAGCGAGCCCACCGGUGAUAUCUUCCGAGCUCUUUUGAAGCUCCCUAAGCCCGAGGAGACACUUGUGCAGCCAGCUGCCGAAUGGUUUGGUACUUUCCUUGACGAGGAUACCCAGUUGUCCAUUGUCGUUACCAAAGCUGAGAAGCAAGGUGAGGUAUCUGUCAGCUACGCCGGCUCCCCAGAGCCACUUAGACUCGACUCUCCGGCCUCCGGUAAAGCCUGGUCCAUGACCGCAACAAUAGAUGGGGACCUGUUGAGUAUCCAUCGUGUCGGCGACAAUCGCAGAUUGGCUGCUCGACGUAUUACUCCCAAGGAGUCUGUACUCAAGGAGGACUCUAUGCGGGGUGCAUAUCGCUGCGACGAGAUCAAUUCGACGUUCCAGUGCUUUGGUGAAGCAGGCGUGUUUUAUGGUGUAUUCACCGGGUAUCUGGGCACAGGGCAUGCGACACCCAUGCGGUAUCUCGGAGACGAUGUCUGGGUUUUGACUUGUCCUCGUGGUCUUGAUGCUCCCGCUCCAGGAGAUUGGACCGUGGUCUUCCGACGAGAUGAGCAGGGUUCCAUUGCCGGUUUUACGAUUGGCUGCUGGUUGGCCAGGAAGCUCAAGUAUGAAAAGAUGUGA